CGCGGUUACUCCUGUCAAUGGAGUAGGAUGCGUGCGCGUUGCACUUGGGUCGACCCCUGGGUCUAGCUGUACACUUUAGCGAGAGCUCGCUGACCCGCGGUCGUACUCCAGCGGACGAGCGCUCACGAGUAGCUCCGCUCGAACGCUUUCCUGUAACGUACACACGUCGUACGUGAACAUGUUCACAGAUGAUGUUCGUUCACGGUACUAGUAGUAGUAACUGUGCCAACUGAGUUGUACUUUUACACUUUACAGUUCAUUCCGUCUUGGCUCCUCCUUUCUUUUCCAACCUUCAUGUUUCUUUCCUUUACUAGAUGAGAACAAGCAUUAAAUUUAUAUGGAGUAAAUGUAUCUGAAUUGAAAUGAAUGCAACAAAGACGCCUCAACGUCUGAUGUAAAGCCUGGAUGUAUGUUGAUGUGCUGUGGCAGUGUGAAAAUGCUCAGUCUAUGUGUUGCAAAAAACCUUGAAAUGGUAAAGCAAUUGUUGAGAUUUGUGACCUGGAACAGAUUCCUAACCUUUGAAUCCCAACAGUACUUGAAACUGCAAUGGCUUCCAAUGAUGCACGGCAGAAAUGAGCGGGUAUAUUGUACACCAGCCUGGCACGCACCUUUAGGAUAUGUGCCAGAACCAAGGAAAAAGAAAGUGGAAGCAAAAUCUUCCGAUAUUGUCUCAUUCGAAAAUCUUGUUGAUGGGCAAAGUCUGACUUGCCUAAAAAGUAUACACAAAGCUUGCUCAGCACCAGAAAUAUUCCAAGCUCUAAGAGAACUCCAGGGUAAUCUGAAUGAAGUUCAUGUGGCACGAGCAAUAUCCAGACUAGCUGAAAUUGGCCAGAAAAUCAAUGUUGCACAAGUCGAAAUAGUUGGUGAAAGUGAAUCAAGGAUGCUUGCUGGUCAUCAAGACAAGGACUUCGUUGACUUGUGCUAUUUAGUACUCCGUAAUGUGAAGAGAAUGGAUUGUAACCUCUUUCUAGAUGCCCUGAAAGCCUCAAUUGACCUUAGAGUUCCACAAAGUAGUGUGAUGGUUCAGACUUUAAUUGCCAGUGCUGAACAGCGUCUAAAUCAGUUUAAUUGUAGUGACCUGGCAAAGUUGGCUAGCGUUCUUGUUCGUUUGCAGGAGACGGAUCAAAGAGUGCAUGCAUUGCUGCGAGCCAUAAUUCUACUUGUCCCUGAUCGUGUUGGUGGUUGCACUGAUGCCAGGGCGUUAAACAUUAUCCUUCGCACUGUUGGUAAACAACUCGAUCAUCACAAUCGUGCCCAAAUGGCCCAUCGCUUGAUUGCAAUUUUCAGUACAAAGAAAGACACAGACAAAGAGAAAACUGUCAUGGAUGCGUCCAAAGCCAUCACAGAAUUUUAUUUCAUAAGGUAUUACAAUGGAGAUUUCCUGAGGGAAGCAUGCAACAUUUUGUUGGAUGGCCUGGAGUACCUACCUCCCACCAGGUUGAUGAAAGCUCUUCAUUCCCUGUCCGGUUUCAGAUUUUACUGUCCAGAACUUUUAGAAAAAGCAGGGGAUUUAAUAGCACACUUGGUUGAUAAGUUCAAUUUCAAUCACCUCUCGAGAAUUCUGAAAAUGUACACCGCCCAGCGAUUCCUACACGAGAACCUGCUUAAUGCAGUGGCAAUUUCCUUGACCAAACGAUCUCUUGAUGAUGAAAGCCUAAUCACUCUUGUUGGAAUGCUGAGUCCCUUUGCCAAGUUCCAGCAUGUUUCAACUUCCCCAGGCAGUGAUGCUUGCGUCUUUGGCCUUGUGGCAGCAGCUGCAGAGAAACAGAUUGUUGGCUUUGCAGAUCGAGAAACAGAUUUUGGUCAGUUGGUGCAGCUGAUGACAUUAUUGGCAAUGUGCGGAGCAUACUCGGAAAAACUGAUGGAAAUCAUCAUGAGCAGAACUUGCAAUGAAUCAAUUUCAAGAGUUGACCGGAAAACUCUACUCAACCUACGGAGUCUACAUACCAUAAUCAGCAUGAAGCUACUUAAAUUUUCCAGUGAUGAGCAGUCAGUCCGCGAUGCACACUCUAAGGAGCUGUCAAAUAUCCUCAGUCGGUUUGAUCAAGACGAAAGGCUCACUGGGUUAAAACGUGAGAGUAAAUUCAGGACGUCGGUGGCCAAAACAUUGCAUGAAGAAAUAGGGACUUCCAUUGCGACAGAUGUGGCUAUUGGCAACGGAUACACUGUCGACUUUGUAGUUUCCGAGGAGAUGCGGGAGCAGCGACCGAUAGCUAUUGACUUGACUAGUGCAGUGCACUUCUGCUCAAACUACCCAGACAGGCCUCUCGCUGAAGGAGUUAUCAAGAGGCAGUAUGUUGAAGCCAUGGCAUACAGCUUUCGAAUGUCCUUGAGUGGGACCAAGAGAGGACAUGAUUUUCCUAGCAACGGUGGCUCCUUUGGCGGCAACUGCACUUCACAUGGUUCAUGAACGACUAUGGUUGCUAUCAACAAAACGAACACUCCCCACCGGCAUGGCUCUUUUCAACUGAUGAGGGGGUGCUCCUGCUCAAGGCAGAUAAAAAAUACAGUCGUCUGCAACGAGACGUUCCUCGUACUGUGACCCAUCGGCAAUGUCAUUUACAUGUAUAUAGAGCAGAAAUAGUCAUUCUUAUCAUUAAACUGUUGAACAAUAGUGUAUGGUUGACAUUUUAUCUUUGGAGCUUGGCAGGAACAAUGCCUGCUAGCACUGGCAGGAGAUCUGUAGGGGUUGGGCGUAGACAUCCUGCAAUGAUCCUCAUGGUGUAACAUCCAGUUUUCUAGUGUGGAUGUAACUUACAUCGGCUAAAAUCAAGGCAUAAUAUUACAGUAUUAAAAUUUUUAACCUUUAAAACUUUCAGAAAUUAAAACCUUGUAUUGCCAGGUAUGUGUGAAGAUUUGAAUCUUUGCGGUCUUAUGAUGCAGCUGACCAGUCAAUGCUAUUUUCAGCAGAGUUUGUUUAUAUGUCAGUAUCUCCUAUUGAUCUGAAGAAGUUUCUCUGGAAACAGUCAUGUUCGAAAUUGUUCAAGUCAUCAUCCGGUUUACACAACAUGGCAAAAUCUAAUCAACCAUAACUAGUAGCGAGAUGGCCACUGCCAUGACGCAGUUAUAAUGACACAAUAACUAUGAAUAGUCAAUGGUCCCAGAUGUAGACAGGUUAAAACAUAAGCAUAAAAGUGAUAGGACUUCAAAACAAAUCAAAGUUAUUAUUCUAUGUCUGGUUUCCAGACCCAAUGAUUCUCACUACCUUCUCUCUGUUCAAGGGUCCGUUAUCACCCAAUGUUACAUAACAAAAACCGAGGAAUUCAUCCGUUUCUGAAAAUAUCGAAACUUAUUGUCAGUGUUCGGAUAGUUUUGUUGAUGGUCCAGCAUUUACAGUUAUUUUUGCAUACUAAUCAGUGGAUGUGUAUAAGUAAGACACGUUUAAAACCAUUACGAUUAGUCAUGAUAUAAGUAUGAACAGCAAUGGAUCUUGGAAUUCUCGAGUUUUAAGCUCUCGUUGGCUCAUUUUUUAAUUCAAAGUUAACCCGGAGUUGCAACUUUGUUAAAGUAAAACAACCGACAUGCAUGCUUCUAAAGUUUGGGGGGGGUAGUCCUCAUUAUUUUUUGUGCCAUUGUGGAAUAUUUAAAGUAGAUGCUGAAAAUGAAAUAAUGGAAGACAUGAAAUAGUUUCCAAUGCAGAUUGGGCUUCCCCGGUGCCCCUGACAUCUUGGGUCAUAAACUAUAUUUAAUCAUGGGUGAUACCUGACCUACACGUAUGAUUUUAUCAAGAGUUGUCAUAAAUCGUCAGGUCAUAGGGAACUAAACUGUGCCACCAAAGGACCAUUGGCGCUAUGUAAAACAUGCCACCUUUGGUUACUCGCAAAGAGGAUAGAUUUGUCCUCAUGGUGUGGGUGAAAGAAGACGAAGCUGGCAGCACGCUUGCAUUCUGAUGGUAAACACCCGUUACAUUCCUGUUCAACCAUUACGGUGUUGUGAUCUCAGCCAUUAAAGACUGGAUUGGAUGUGUGUACAUGCUUGCCCUGAGAUAACUGGGAAAAUGCAGACAGCCGGGUAGUGAGGCUUGAAGGUGUUCAUCUUAUACAAAUAUUGACUGCUUCCAGUGCAUGGUGUUGUAAAACUAGCCUCUUGAGGUGAUCCAUGGAGCAUUGCAUUUUCCAAAAGGGAAGCCGAAGGACCCUAGAAUGCUCCAUGGAUCAUCCGAUAGAGGUUAGUUUUAUCAGUCCACGAGAUAAAGCAGUCAACCUCCAACAUUUUGAUUAAUUUCAUCUAAAUGCAUAGAAAAAGGACUUGUACUGGAAAUUAAGUCCUUGUUUCAUUUUUUUUUUCUUCAAAAUGACAGUUUGCCAGAAAAAAAUAAACUCACAGGGAGUGAAGUCCA